UUAAAUGCUCAACACAUCUCUGUAAUGUAGAGAAACAACUGAAAAGAAGUGAAAAAAGAUGACGAGCUUUGUCCAAAUUCAACCAUGGCUGAGGACCCAUCUGCAUCUACCCAACGUUUCUUCACUCGCGUGUAAAGAUCAUUUUUUUCAGACGAAUUAUUCGAGCUGUAGCAGAGAAACAAUUCGUCUGAAAUUUGAAGGUAAUGGGAGAAGAAGAAUAAUAAUCAGUAGAAGAAAUGGGAAAGGGUUUGUCUGUAAUGGGUUUGUAUUCCCUGUGGAUCCAUGGUCGCCCACCAUUGAUUCACAGAGCAUUGCAUCCCAGCUUUUUGCAUUCUCUCUCUUUCCUUAUAUGGGUUUCUUGUAUUUUCUCACCAAAUCGAAUUCCGCCCCCAAACUCACCCUCUUCGGAUUUUACUUCUUGCUCGCCUUUGUCGGUGCCACAAUACCGGCAGGAAUUUACGCAAAGGUGCACUACGGAACAUCGUUAUCCAAUGUCGACUGGUUGCACGGUGGAGCCGAGUCGCUUCUUACACUCACCAACAUAUUCAUCGUCUUAGGCCUUUUGGAGGCUCUUAGAAAAUGCGAGGGCGAAAAUGUAAAUACGUCAAAAUCUUCCGUUGGAGUCGAAGAGGAGGAGAAAAGGCCAUCACCCUAGCUGAUGAAUUGUGAUCUUAUGGUACUCUGUAAUUAUUUAUAUCGCAACUUACAUGUAUCGUGU